AUGGUGAUAACGACCAUAAUCGCUCGGUAUAGUGUGGGUAAGGUCCUUGUAGAUCAGGGAAGUUGGACGAACAUCUUAUAUUGGAAGAGGUUUCAACAAAUGGAGGUGCCAGAUGACAGAAUCAUGCCUUUCCAUGAGUACAUUUUGAGAUUUGCAGGCGAUCGGGUGGAUACAAGAGGUUCUGUUAAUCUUAGGAUGAGCUUGGGGACGGAAAAGAGGGCUAAGGGGCUGAGGGUAAGGUUUUUGUUGGUGGAAGCAGAGACUUCAUAUAAUGUGUUAUUGGGGCGACCAUGUUUAAAUGCCUUUGAAGCCAUAGUCUCCACUCCCCACUUAACCUUGAAGUACCCUUCAGACGACGGGAGGAUAUGGACGGUCCGGGCGGACCAGAAGGUAGCUCGUGAGUUUUAUGCAGCAGGGCUAAAAGUAAAAUCUUUCACUGCCAAGAUACCCGAAGCCCGAUUAGAGGUGACUAUGGCUGAAUUGGACCCGAGGACUAAUACAGAAGAUCGGGCGGAGCCUAUAGGGGAGACUACAGUGGACAUGCCCGGAAUUCAUCCUGAUGCUAUCUCUCACAAGUUGUCCUUGUUUAAAGACGCCCGACCGGUUUCACAAAAGAAGAGGAGAAUGGGAGCUGAGAAGAGAAAGGUAGUGGAUAAGGAGGUUUGCAAGCUGUUGGAAGUUGGCUUCAUAAGGGAGGUAAAGUACACCACUUGGUUGGCCAAUGUGGUAAUGGUGAAAAAACCCAACGGUUUAGGUGUGACCUUUGUCACAUUAGAGUUCGCUGUUUUGUCUUUCACGUUUUAA